AUGGGGAUUAGCGGUCAGCCGCUUCACAUCAAACAUAAAACCAUACUAAAGAUUAGACCAUGGUUUUCGAAAGAGACGACGGUUGAGCAAGAAUUUUGGGUUUUGCCGAAAGAAGAUCAGUGGAGGCCAAUGAUACCAGCACAGAACUUGACAUGUAUGGUUAACGAUACAUCUCAAGAGCUGCCAUUGGCCGAUCCUGAUUAUUGGAAAGAGGGUCCAGUGGACCUGCUGCUAGGAUGCAAAUUCCUAGCAGCCAUGUUUGGAAAGAUGGACAGACGGACAGAUAGUGUGGUUUGUUUAAAAACCACUUUUGGAAAGAUAGUCUUAGGACAGCAGGGAGAGUUUCUCUCUGGGAAAGAAUUUGGACAGACAUACACAAUAGCUUUGAGUAACGAACAGUUACAUGAAGCACUAAAGAGAUUAUGGUUAUUAGACGAGAUUAAACCCUCGUUCACAAGAUCGAAAGAAGAAGAGCUGGUGGAACAAAAUUUCCAAAACACGUAUAGACGUGACAGUUCUGGAAGGUUUGUUGUAACGAUUCCUUUAAAGGAAUCAUGGAAAGACAUAGGCACUACCGAGCUCAUAGCGAAGCGAAGGUUUUUUGCCUUGGAAAGAAAGUUGGAAAGAGAUGCUGAGCUGAAAGAGAAGUAUGUUGACUUCAUGAGAGAGUACGAAAGAUCUGGUCAUAUGACUCCUGUUGUUGAAAGGCGUCAUAACCAAACAAUUUAUCACAUUCCACACCAUUGCGUCACAAAGAAGUUCCGAGUGGUCUUUGACGCCAGCUGUAAAACAACCAAUGGAAUAUCGUUGAACGAUGUUCAGAUGGUAGGAGAGAAACUACAAAUGGAUCUGCACAAUAUUCUAAUGCGUUUCAGAAGGCAUAGAGUUGCGAUUAGUGCAGACAUCAAGAUGAUGUUUCGAAUGGUAAAGAUUGCGAAAGAACAGUGGGACCUUCAAAGAAUUUAUUGGAGGGAAAGCCCAAAGGAAAGAUUAAGAGAAUACUGGCUCACGGUAGUCACGUAUGGAAUGGCAUCAUCGGCUCACAAUGCAGUGAGAGCCUUGGUGCAAUGUGCGAAAGAUAUGGAAUUGAAAUUUCCCACUGCCGCGAAGGCAAUUCAAGAAGACUUCUACAUGGAUGACUGCGCCACAGGUGCUGAUUCUGAAGUUGAAGCGAUAAAGUUAUCGAAAGAAAUUGACCUUAUACUAAAGAGUGCAGGUUUCGAGCUAAGAAAAUGGAGUUCGAAUUCCAGAGCUCUCAUAGAAAACAUGAACUAUGAGGAGCAAAAUUCGAUUGUAUUCCAAGAAGACGACAAAGCGUCGAUUCUGGGAUUGAAAUGGUUACUCGACAGAGAUCAAUUUACAUUUGUAGUAAAGACACCAAUAUCUGAGGAUAUAAUGACAAAGAGGAAAGUAGUUAGCUGUGUAGCACAGUUGUACGAUCCAAAUGGAUUUUUAUCGCCAGUAACGAUUCUUGGUAAAAUUCUUAUACAAGACAUAUGGCGAGGAAAGAAGGAUUGGGAUGAUGAAUUGUCGAAAGACAUUCAGGAAAGAUGGAAAGAUUUUUGGAAAGAGAUUACUUUCUUGGAAAGAUUUAAAAUGGAAAGAUGGAUAGGUACAUCGAAAGAUGUAAGGAAAGAAAUUCAUGGGUUCUCAGAUGCGUCUGAGAAAGCCUAUGGGGCAGUAAUUUAUGUCAGGACAGAAUAUCCGAAUGGAAAGAUCAAGUCUACACUGCUUAUAUCAAAAACGCGUGUAGCACCAUUAAAGACAAUCACGAUACCACGUCUUGAACUAGCAGCAGCUGAGCUGCUGGGAAGGUUAUUCAUCAAUGUGAAAGAAAUUAUGCAAUGGAAAGACAUAGAGUACAACCUCUGGACAGAUUCGACUGUUGCUUUACAUUGGAUUAGCAAACCACCAUGCGAUUUAAAGACUUAUGUCGCGAACAGAGUUUCGUCGAUUCAAACAAAUACGAAAGUCGAAAGAUGGAAGCAUGUAGGUACGAAAGACAAUCCUGCUGACCUGCUGAGCAGGGGAAUGAAGCCAUCUGCGCUGGUCGACAGCAAGUUAUGGCUAGAGGGACCGGACUGGCUAUCACUUCCUCACUCCGAAUGGAAAUCUGAAAACUAUGUGCCAAAUCUUUCAGAUGGGGGGAGGGAUGAGAUGAAAGUGUUUACUCUCAUCAAGUUUCACGACAUGUUAUAUAUGAAUAUCAAAGAGACUGGAAAGAGUGUUCCGAUACAUGAAUGUACGAGCACACUGGAGAAAGCAAUUAACGUUACUGCAUACGUUUUUCGCUUCAUAGACAAAGUAAAAGCGAAGGUGAAAGAAUCGAGAGAAUGGGAGAGAAAGUACGGAAAGAGGCGAAGACGUUCGUUGCGGUACGCAACGAAGCUGGAAAGAAAGGCGAUUCAACUCACAUCGUCAGAGAAAGAAGGUGCGAUAGUAUAUCUGCUGCGGAGAGAACAGGAAAGAUAUUUUGGGAAAAAAAUAACUGCCAUCCGAAAGAAGAGAAAUUUGCACGAGAGAAGUAAGAUAGAAGCUCUAAAGCCUGUAUUGGAUGAUAAAUUGGUCCUGAGGGCUGGGGGGCGACUGGAAAGAUCUGAGAUAGAAUAUGGAAAGAAACAUCCAGCGAUAGUACCGACUGGUUCUCGACUAGCAUGGCUGAUAAUGGACAGUGCUCACAAGGCAACAAAGCACGGGGCUGUUCAGGUCAUGAUGCAACACAUUAGAGAGAGAUUUUGGAUUCCGAGAUUAAGAAGCGAAUUGAGAAUGUUCAUACACAAGUGUUUGGUUUGUGUUCGAUACAACCACAGAUACGAAAGUCAGCUAAUGGCAGAUCUGCCGAAGGAAAGAGUGACUCCUGGAAAGGCAUUUCUACACACAGGUGUAGAUUAUGCGGGACCAUUUGAAAUCAAAACAUUGGACAGAGUCGGUGAACAGAUAACGAGACAGAAAUGUUGGGUCUCUAUUUUUGUUUGUCUCAAAACGAGAGCCAUACAUAUUGAUGUUGUGUCAAGUCUGACAUCAACUGCAUUCAUUGCCUGCUACGAAAGAUUUAUAGCCCGAAGGGGAAGAUGCGAAAGAAUGUACAGCGACAACGGCACUACGUUCGUUGGAGCUGCGAAAGAACUACAGAAAGCGAAAGAAGUUUGGCAAGGGAAAGAGACGAUAGACUUUCUUGGUGCGAAAGGGACAGAGUGGAGAUUUAUGACUCCAGCAGCGCCACAUCAAGGUGGCAUCUAUGAGGCCGCAGUGAAAUCUAUGAAAUUUCACUUAACAAGAGUGGUCGGAGCGAAAGUACUGACUUAUGAGCAGAUGUUGACAUUGCUUGCUGGAAUAGAAGCAAUUUUGAACUCAAGGCCAUUGCAGGCACUCAGUGACGAUCCGAAUGAUUUACAGGCGUUAACGCCGGGACAUUUUCUGGUGGGAGAGCCAUUAGUGCUUCCACUACCAUUCAUAACGGGAGAGAUACCAAGUACACAUGGUGUACAACUAUGGAAAGAACGAAAGAGAAUGCUUACUCACUUUUGGGUAAGAUGGAAAGAGGAAUAUCUGGUGACAUUACUAAAGCGAAAGAAAUGGAGAAGAGAGAAGCACAACGUCCAGGUAGGUCAGCUGUGCAUUAUUAAGAGUGAGAAUUUCCCGCCUUCAGCGUGGGCUAUGGGAAGGAUCAUCAAGGUGAUACCCGGAAAAGAUGGACUUGUUCGAAAUGUGGUGAUACAGACGGCAACCAAUCAGCUAAAGAGACCGGUGCAGAAGAUUUGUAUUUUACCAAUAGAAGAGUAA